AAAUCUAGUCAAAAUUAAGGUUCGUUUUUUAAAUUUUCUAUCAAUUAUGUGCCUAAUUUAAGAAAAAAUAAGGAUUUUCCUUAUCGAUAUUGGACAUAGUGUCGAUAAUCGCGUAAAACGGAGGCACUGCAAGGAGAAAACCGGGUCGGUUGAAGGUCGAAAACCUUUGAUACCUACAAGCAGGCUCGGUGAUUGGUCCGAAAAUAGAAAUGGCGGCUGCGGAUUGGCCGGUUUCUGGGGCGACGGGCUCAAUAAUCGAAAUUCCACGAGAAGAAAAUCAUUUGUGGUCUCCUCGCCAAAGAGAACAGUCGGUUAAAACAUGAAAAUAUGAGUAAUUUAAAAUUAUUAUGUCUGUCCCAUGAACUGCUCAGGACAGAUUACAGUGAAUGAGUGACUUUUUCAUGCCAUUUCAUUAACAUAUUCCUGCCUAGUGAAUAUACGACUACCUACAAUUAGGUCGCAAUGGCGCUCGUAUGUGAUAUUAAAAGUGAUGCCGAUUCGGGCAAACCAUCAAACCAAGAAGAACAAGAUAUCGAAGACGGUGAAAUUACCGAUGACGAUGAAGAAACACCUCUUCAAUUUGAACCCCCCAACCCUGAACCCUCUGUACCUCCACCUAUUAUACCGAACGUCCCACCUGCCAUACCAGGCAUACCUCCCGUCUCCAAAAAAUCCCCCACCAGAGACUCUAAGGAGGUUGUCAAAGACCGACCACCCGACAAAGAAAGGUCUGGUGAUGAAAGGGAUAAAGUUCCAGAGGAGAGGAUAGAGAAGGAUAGAAAGGAUAGGAGGGGGAGAGAGGGGGGUAAAGGACAUAGGCACAUGACAGAAGCAGAGAAGAGUAUCCUGCAUUUGAGGAAGAGGGAGAAAAUAAUGAGAGAAAGGGAAAAAUGGGAGAAACAGCACAGGAAGGACGUGGAUCCUGCAGAUGGUUUUGAUGAUGACUUUGCGAAAAAUAUCGAAAAAACUCUUGCCACAAUACUCAACAAAAAAGAAAAGGAAGCUGCCGCUUUAAGCGCAGGUGAAGAGGUUAAAGAGGAGGAAAGGAGAGGGAAGAAGCGUAAAAAACAUGAUAAAGAAAAAGACAGAGCUAAGAAAAAUAAACGGUUAAAUGAUUCGCCAAGACCGGACUUUGAAGAGAACGAUAUGAUGAACAUGAGAAGCGGUUCACCCGACGCAGAAUUUAGAUUAUUACAGGCCUUGCCCAUGUCUCAACAGGGUAGAAAUCUGUCGAAAUCGGAGGACAGUGCCUCGGAUGGUAGCGCAGGCGAACGCGAAGAAAGAAUGAGAAGAAGAGCGACGAAGAAUAGAAGAAAAAAAGAGGCAAAAGAACGGAAUAGGAGGGAGAGGGAACAACGGCGACUAGAUCAGGCUGCUAAAAAUCAUCCUUUGCAAGACUCGCAAGGCGUGUGCGUUUUUUACAUGCAAGGAAAGUGUCAAAAGAAUGACUGCCCCUAUUCCCACGAAGUUACCCCGCCAAUGAAGUUAGAACUCUGUAAGUUCUAUCUUAUGGACUGUUGUGCGAAAGGUGAAAAAUGUUCUUACAUGCACAGCGAGUUCCCUUGCAAGUUUUACCACACUGGACUGCUGUGCAGUCAAGGAGACAACUGCAAAUUCGCUCACGGUCAAGCCCUAUCAGACGGUUUAAAACAGAUCCUUUUCAAGCACAUAGAAACGGCUCCUCGUGACAUUUUGGGUGGUUUUCCCAGAUUAUCACGAGAAGAGGCUUUGGGUCUGAUCAACCAGACCCAACAGAAACUUCUACAGGGCGAAAACGGUGACCAAACCACUUCGAAUCAACCGUCCAAUUUCGGGAAUUCCCCCACGCAAACGGAAUAUGGCAAUUCGCAGAAUUCUACGCUCAUGUACGGCAACAGAUACCCGAAUUUCGAAGAGAGGGACAGCGAAAAAGACACUAAAGGUGGGAUACCGUCCAUGUUUGAUAUAUCUGUACCGUUGCCGCCAGAAUUGGUGGCAGGCUUAGAUCUCGACAUUAAAGUGCCAAAAAAUAACAGAACCAAACAGUCCAGGUGGCAACAGGAUUCUGAUAACAAAUCGGGUGGUAAUUUUUACCAAAAAAAUUACCAAAACUAUGGGAGCGAUCAGGAUAUGAGAAUAAGCAGUAACGGCGAUAUAGAUAUGAGAACCCUCCCUACUAUACCAGCUGUUCCGUCCACUAUUGGACACAGCUCGCAAGAUUCAAAUGUCGACCAAUUUCAUAGGGACAUUUCUUUAUCCAACAUCAACGAUGUCGAUAUUCGGUCCAACGCGAUGGAUUUUACAAAGGAUAUCGAUAUCAGGCAGCCCAUUCCUAAAUACCCCGCAUCGAUGGACGUCGAUAUUAGACCGGUUCAAAAAAAUUAUGAGGAUAAACAACAAACUGAUACAGAGGAUGAACUACAAAUAGACACAGAAGAAGAUAAAAAAGAUAAUAGCGUGCAGAAUAAAUUUGAGCUUCCUCAGGCAACUAAAGAUCUACUAGCUAGGAUAAACGCCAAUCAAAAAGACAACAGUAUUGCGGAAAAUACCUUGUCACAAGAUUCAACUAAUGAACUGGACAAUUUUGAUAUGGAUCAAAACAUUGAUGACUGGUAUUCAGAUGAUGACGACGAUGAUAAUCGUUUAACGAUAAAAGUGGAAGAAGAUGAAAAUGUGAAAAGAGACAGGCAUGAUUCUGUGGGUAAUGGGCCUGAAAAGGAGUCACAAAGUCUUGAAGAAAGUCAAAAUAGUAAUAUUCACAGUCUACCAAGCAAUAUAACCUCUAAAACAGCCGAUAUAGUUGGGAAACUUGGCGAUCUGUCAAAAAUUGACAUUUCCCUGGAGGUGACUAAGCUUUUGACGUCUAUGAGCAAGUCAAGAAGUCAGACGUCACAAGACAGUGACGUCACUGAACAAACCAACUCCCAACAAUCGGAUAUUUCUGGUUCUGGAAGUCUACAAGAUCCUAGAAACGUUUCAAGACAGGAUCCUCGUCUGUCCAGUUCAACUUCACAAGAAGCCACAGUAUUAAGACAAGAUCCGAGACUGAUGAAUCUCGAUCCGAGACAGAGACCGAGACAAAGCUCGACGGAUAGUCAGGGUAAAGAAAAGAAUAAGUCUGACAAAGUGAGCAUAUACGAACAGGGAGGAUUGGACAUGAAGAAAGCCGCACUUGAGAUCGACAACGAUGAGUUUAAAGCUUCACUACGUCCGGAUAUUGAUCUCCGAAAUCUAGCGUUACCCUUCAAAGGAAUGCAAAAUUACACACCCGCUACUGAAGUGGAUGCCAGUAUAAAUUCUCACCUCCCUAUGAUAUGGAAGGUUCAUGUAGUCGAUAUACCUCGGCCAGAUUAUACAGGUUUAAAACUUAGUAUAAGCGACGCUGAAAAAACGGGCGAUCCAAGACUUCGAAAAAUCUUCCGACUGAGCAUCGACGAAAAAGACAGUCCCAUGUCGCCGAAAGCCAGCCCUAAGCAGAGUGCGGGGACUAGGGCAGACCCUAGAUUAAGAAAAAUGGAAGAAAAAUCUCAAGAAAUGCAACUUAACCCACAAAUGUCGUACACUCAACAGUUGAAUAUGUUACAAUCUUCUCAGUUCUAUCAAAGUCUGACCAGCAACCAGAAAUUAAUGCUGAACCAGGAGCUUUCUAGUCGUUUCGAUCAAGCAGGCGGUUCGGGUAUUCACGAUCCCGUUUUGAAUUCUUUACUGUCCAACUUGAAUAUAUUACCUCAACAACAGAUUACCACGACGGCAAGUUCACAACUCGCGCCCAGUGCUACUAAUCUGGGAGCGGCACUAUCGAUUCUGGCCAGUGUAUCGAAAAUGAAUCCCAUGCUAUCGAGCCAAGCGGCACCGCUUAUAGGCCAGCAAGGACUUUUGGGUGCUGCCCCUGGGAUUCCCAACAUCCCGCCUCAGAUGUCUCAAGACUACCCCAUCAAUUUCGAUCCCCGAAACGGAGGACUUUUAGGUAACGCCCCUACCGGAGGCUUUCGCCCCCAGUUCGGAGCCGUAGACCAGUCCUACAACAGCGGUUACAACAACGACGACUUUUACGGAGGAGGCUACGACGACCAGCAGGGAGGUCCUCCCAACCAAAUGGGAGGCCCCGCGGGCGGUAAAAUGGGAGGACCCCAAGGCGGGGGCAAUUUCAGACAAGGAGGCAGGGGAUACAACAACCGAGACGGUAGGAGACGUGGCAACAGAAAUUUCGGAGGUAGGGGCGGUAAUAGGAACUUUAAACGAGGAGGAGGUAGGGGGGAUAGGGACGGGAGAGACAGGGAAAGGGAUAGGGACGGAGGGCCGGGAGGAGGGAGACCAAUGAGAGGUCGUCCUCGUUCGCCUUCUUAAGUGUUAAAAUUUUGAGAGAAUAAGUCCCUAAAUCUUUAUUACGUAUAGUUACAGUUCUUUUCACAAAAAAAAAUGAUGGCGAUUCAAGGUCGAAAUAAUGUUUAAUAAUCGUAAUAAAUCCUUUUUAUAUAUUAAUAAAUAUUUUACAUUAUAAAAUGAUAGUAAACUUCAUAUUGUACUAAACUAUAUAUUUUUUUUUAAUUUAACAUUAUUACAAAAAAUGUAUAUUUUGUUUCUUACAUGUCUCUAGAUAGUUCUUUAAAAGAACCUUAAACUUUGCUUAAAAUAUACAAUUUUAACACUAUUCUUUUAAAAUUGUACGAAAUAUUGUACAAAAAUAUUAGGUAAUCACAUCCCUUAGGUUAACUGAUACGUUUCAGGGCUGGUAUUUGCAUUAUUCAGCUCUUACUUGAACAGAAUAUAACUCUAAAGUUUCUUCUAACAAACACACUGUGGUAUUGAACAGAGGGGUGUGGUUUAUUGAAGGUAUACAGGUUGUCCUUGGAUCGUCAUCUUUCAUGAAACACACAGAUACACACAGUCUCUGUGCGUAUUCUCUAUUUAUAUAAAAUAUAUGUGCCAAUAACUUUAAAACAUUUAUCGCCUUUUUCUAAAUAAUUAUACAAGAUGUAUGGACAAAAAAACAGUCAAAAAACUGUAUGAAGUAUAUAUGUUACGAAUAUUACGCGAAAUUAGCGAAUUAACCGGUUAAAACCCAAGUUAUCUAAAAGCGAUGGAUAAAACCCGAAUCUGUCUUAGUUUCGCGUAUUAUCCACCGCAAACAGGUUAAAACAUAGAGAAAGUUAAUAGUUUGGAGAGUGGUGAAUCGCGUGGUAAAAUGUUGGGAGAUUGCGCUUUUGGCGCCCUCUAGUUGGCUACAGGAACGAACUAUGAAAGAGCGGGAGAUUUAAAUUAUUAUUAUACUUAUUAUUUUUAAGGCAAUUAAAACUAAGAGUGCCCUUAACCAAAAACAGUGAAAUAAAUGGAGAUACCU